GGUAUCUAAGCCCUAAUCUUUGCCUCCUUUGUGGCCUAGCAAAUAAAUUAAGGAUUCACAAAACCGCUCUGUUUUUUCCUGCUGUCAUAUUGGCUGUAUAUACGCAGAGUCGUAUAAAAAUGUGAACUUUUGGUCAAUUUCCGUGAAAUCUCAUAACUUUCUCCCUCAUCGGCUAGUGAGGCACGCGGCCCCCGACGAUCCAGCUCCACGCUUCCGCUGCAGACUCCGCCAUGGAAGAGAGCUUGCUGUUACCGAAAUACGGAGAAGAAAGAAGAAGUAACACUAGUAUUCUGACGUGGAGUUCUUUCUUCGAAGAAGUGAAAACGUUGGGAUGCAUAGCGGGUCCCAUGGUUGCCGUGGUUUUAUCUCAGUACCUGUUGCAGGUCAUUUCGAUGAUGAUGGUCGGCCACCUGGGCGAGCUCGCUCUCUCCAGCACCGCUAUCGCCAUCUCCCUCUCCGGCGUCACCGGCUUCAGUCUUUUCUUGGGAAUGGCUAGUGCGUUGGAGACGCUGUGUGGUCAAGCGUAUGGAGCAGAACAAUAUCAGAAACUUGGACUCCAGACUUACACUGCUAUAUUUUCUCUCAACUUGGUCUGCCUUCCUUUAUCUUUGAUAUGGAUUUAUAUGGAGAAGUUACUGAUUUUCAUGGGUCAAGACCCAGUAAUUUCUCGCGAAGCCGGCAAGUUCACAAUCUGGCUUCUUCCCGCACUUUUCGCUUAUGCCACUCUUCAGCCACUCAUUAGAUACUUUCAGACGCAAAGUUUAGUAAUUCCUAUGCUCAUAAGUUCAUGUGCGACCCUUCUGUUCCAUAUUCCUCUGUGUUGGCUUCUAGUAUUCAAGUCUGGACUGAACAACCUUGGAGGAGCAUUAGCAAUCAGUAUUUCGUAUUGGGUGAAUGUGAUUCUACUUGCAUUGUACAUGAAGUUUUCUGAUGCUUGUUCCAAAACCCGAGUUCCAAUUUCUGUGGAGAUCUUCCAUGGAAUCGGAGAGUUCUUCCGCUUUGCCAUCCCUUCUGCAAUAAUGAUAUGCCUUGAAUGGUGGUCAUUUGAGCUGCUUAUUUUGCUGUCUGGACUUUUACCAAAUCCGGCUCUUGAAACUUCAGUUCUGUCUGUAUGUCUGCAGACGAUUUCGACACUCUAUGCAAUACCAUAUGGGUUUGGUGCUGCAGCAAGUACUAGAGUUUCAAAUGAACUAGGAGCUGGUAACCCACAAGGUGCUCGAAUAGCUACUUUUGCUGCAAUGUUUCUUGCAGUCGCAGAGACAAGUAUAAUAACCACGACCCUCUUUGCCUGCCGCAAUGUAUUUGGUUACACUUUUAGUAAUGAGAAAGAAGUUAUCGAUUACGUCACAACCAUGGCUCCUCUAGUUUGCCUGUCUGUUACCCUUGACAGUUUUCAAGGGGUCCUUUCGGGUAUUGCUAGAGGAACUGGGUGGCAGCAUAUAGGGGCUUACAUAAACCUCGGAGCGUUUUAUCUUUGCGGGAUUCCAGUUGCAGCCACAUUGGCUUUCUGGGUACAGCUGAGAGGAAGGGGCCUUUGGAUUGGAAUACAAGUCGGUGCUUUUGUGCAAACCAUGAUGCUCUCUUUAGUAACAAGUUGUACAAAUUGGGAAAAGCAGGCAAGUAAGGCAAGGGAGAGGAUAUUUGAGGGAAGGCCCCAACAAGCCAAUGGCUUGUGUGACAAGGCAGAGAGUAAUGAGUUUUGACGAGCACAAUUCUCUCUGUAGCAGGAUUAAGGAAUAAAGUAUUAGCUUGAUCCAUAUUUCUGGCACCAAAAUUUUUUGUAAUAACGCAUUCGAAUAUGGUUGAUACAUAUAGGCUUGUGGCAUUCGGUCUUGACUACGAUCAUGUGAAAUAGACGUUUUGAAAUGUAACAUGGUGUCCUGCUCAAAAUCUGUAUCAGAAUGUACGCGGCAGGUCCACUGCAAUAUCUGGCAAGAAAGAGCAACUGAGUUCUGAUGAAUCAGCAAUUUUAUAAAAUGUGUGAAGUUGACAAAAACUCCGUUGAGUUAGUUUUGUUCUGCAAUUUAUCCACAAUAAACGAUUAAAAUCACAUACUUAAUAGAAACAUCACUUCUACUA